AUGACUGAGAUGGAAAGAUUGUUAGUGCUUUGGCUGGAUGACCAGCAUCAAGGGUGUAUCCCAGUUGGCCUGAUGUUGAUUCAGGAGGAGGCUAAAAGAUUGUUUGAGGCCUUGAAAAAAGAAAAGGGGGAAGGGAGUGAAAGGGAAGAGUUUGUGGCUAGUAAAGGCUGGUUGAUGCGUUUUAAGGCUUGUGCUAAUUUGCAUAAUCUUAAGGUGCCAUGGGAAGCUGCUAGUGGUGAUGGGAAAGCAGCUGGUGAUUUUCCUAGUGCGUUGGCUGAGAUAAUUAGGGAGGGGGGUUACUGUGAUAAACAAGUGUUCAAUGUGGAUGAGACAGGCUUGUUCUGGAAGCCUAUGCCUACACGUACCCACAUUGCCAAGGAGGAGAAGACAGCAUCAGGCCAUCAAGCCAGCAAGGAGAGAUUGACUUUGCUACUUGGGGCCAAUGCUGCUGGUGACUUCAAGCUGAAGCCCUUGGUGUGUCUGGCCGAGAAUCCAAGGGCACCCAAGGGCAUAUGGAAGAGUCAACUACCUGUCAUCUGGAAAUCUAACAAGAAGGCCUGGGUGACACUUAGCGUAUUUGAGGACUGGCUCACCAACCAUUUUGUGCCAGAAGUGAAGGACUACUGUGCUUCCAAGGGGCUGCCCUUUAAGGUGUUGCUAGUGCUGGGCAGUGGCCCUGGUCACCCUGCCGAUCUGAAUGACUUUCAUUCAAAUGUCAAGGCCUACUACCUCCGAAGGACAUUUGCUAUGGCUUUUAGGGCAACUGAGGAUAAAGAGUUGACUCUCAGUGACUUUUGGAAAUCUUACAAUGUUCUUGCUGCUGUAAAAAACAUUUCUGAUUCUUGGGAUGAAGUUAAGCAGAUGAACUUGAAUGGUGUUUGGAAAAAAUUGUGUCCCCAGUUUGUGAAUGAUUUCCAUGGCUUUGAGGAUUCAGUUGAGGUUGUCAUCCAGAAUGUUGUUGAGCUGAGUAAGCAGCUUGAUUUGGAGGUGGAGGCUGAGGAUGUCACAGAGCUGCUGGCAUCUCAUGGAGAGGAGCUAUCUACAAAGGACCUCAUUCAACUGAAACAGCAGUUAAUUGAAGAGGAAGACACACCAACCCCAGAGCCCAAGAGAUUUACAAGCAAGGAACUGGCAGGGGCCUUUGCCAUGAUAGAGGAUGCCUUGGCAAGGUUUGAGGCUCAGACCCCAACAUUGACAG